AUGGAGUGGUGGAGCAUUCCAAAAGCCGUGUCUGAUGAUGAGGAUGGCGCACAAGAGCAAGCUGAAGGCUCUGAGCAGAAAGAUGAAACGGAAAUGAGUCCGCAGGAGCAGGAAAAGAUGAAGAAAAUUCGUGAACUAGUGACGAAAAAGUUAUUGACUGCUCCAGCAUUUGACGAAAAUACCGUCGGCGCCACCGUGGACCAGAUCAUGAAGCUGCCUAAGCGUCAAAUCCAAGCGUUGCUGCAAAACCCCCUUCCUGAAGUGUUGACUAAACCAAAGGAAGACAAUCCUGAAGUUAGUGAAAGUGAAGCCGGUCAUUUGGACGAGUCUGAAGUUGACAUUGUUGCAGAAGACGAGGAAAACGAUGAAACCGAAGUAGACGAGGAAGCUGAUGGGGCUGAAAAUGAUGUGGACGAUACUGAAGUUGAUGAGACGGAAAAUGAUGCGGAUGAUACCGAAGUUGACGACUCUGAAGUUGACAUUAGUGCUGAAGUUGAAGAAUCUGAGAAAGAUGACGAAGACAAUGAAAUUGAAGAAAAUGAGAAAGAUGAAGACGACGACGCAUCCGCUGCUUCCGCAGAGGUUUCAAGGUCAUCUUCCUCAUCCUCUUCUUCGUCUGAAGCUCCCAGUUCCUCGGAUGAUGGGUUUCAAAAGGUGAUUGCAAUUCCCAACACAUUGGAUCGACCACACACCUCUCCUGCAAAUAUUGCUGAGAUGGAAGAAAAUGAGGAUAAAUCGUGCCCUAUUUGUUUGGCAGAUCCAGACACAAUGGCCAGAGGACCAUGCGGUCAUUCCUUUUGUGUCCCAUGUAUGGAACGUGUGGUCAAUGCAUAUGGGGAGGAGACUCGGUGGCCUCCACUAUCCGUUUCAGAUGCUCAUUUGGAUGCUCCGACACUAGGACGUUGUCCUAUUUGUCGAACCAGCCUUUCGCUUUUUGAAAUUUCAUUGAGGGAAACUGGGGAACUCUUGCAUCCUCCCGACAAGAAAUACUACGAACGUUCUGAUUUCCCAUUGAAGCAUCAAGUAUACCAUCCAUAUCGGGGCAAGAUUGGACAACUCAGUUUUCAUUGGGACUGGGCGAGACUCAAGAAUAAAAAGACAGAGAAUACUCCUUUUCUGAACAUCUAUCGGUCGAUUCAAUCGCAUCCAGAAAGAUGGGUCCUUGCCAAUGGUGAGAUGGCGCAAAAGGUAGUCUUCUUCGAACCCGACUCGUGUCACUUCCAUAUGCCUUCUCGAACCUUUCAUGGAAAGAUCAAGUGGCCUUCUCGAUUGAGAGGAGCCUACGAGUGGGAUGUCGUUCUUGGAUUCCAUUCUUCCUAUCGCUUUCUAAGUGGUGGCCGGGUGUACAUGAAACGGGACUGGCCCAGCGCAUUAACACCCUCCAGCGUCAAGAAAUUGGAAAAGGAGCAGCAAGAGUUAGCAGGCUAUCCACUAGAUGGACGAUGGACGGUCACAUGGAGAAAAAAGAAGCGCCAUCCACUGGACAAGAAUGGUGAACUGCAAACCAUGGAUAUCACUGUUGCUUCCAAUGCCUAUGUUCAGGGUGCCUAUACUUUCUAUCUAGACUUUAGUGAUGAUCCAAAUACUCCCAAAAUUGCGUGGCCCAAGUCAGAUCAUUAUCAGCGGGCUCUUUUGGGUUACAUUGAUUUUGACAAUGUCCCACUGGGCGUCGAAGUUGGCCACAAGAUUGUCUGGGAAACCACCAGUCAACACUUUGAGGAAUUGAUUUGGACACGUCAAACCAUUGGCAAGAUUCCAAUACCACGGGUGAUUGUAUUUGGUUCGGGACAAGAUAAAAUGCUUUACCAACAGUAUCAAGAAGAUGGAAGCGAUGUAUCAACUGGAAUCCCAAAAUACAAUGGGACUUCGUUGUGGGGCAAUGUCUUUUGCAAGAGACUUUACACGGGAAGCGCAUCCUAUCACUUUUUGAGUCCUGAAAAUUCAUAUGUGUCCUAUGAGCAUCCUUCGUGUAGCUCCCUGCCUUCUCUGGAUGACGACACUCCAUUACCCACCCGCGUCAAGUUUACCAACAUGACCUUUGAUGCCGAAGAACGAAAGCUAAAUGCUCGAGUGGAAUGGGAAGAGCAGUUUGGAACAUCGUGGAAUGAUAAUGUUCGUUGGAAGUUGGAAAUGUGGUUUGAUUCCGAAUACAUGGUAAUCUUGAAGGGUGGAAUCCAGUGCGAAUGGAGCCAGGAGCGACGAGCCCGUCCGCGCCCGCCUACUCGCCCCAAUCCCAAUCGCCCAACACCGGUUCCUAUCUAUGUCCCUCCGCCCGAAGAAGAAGAAAAGGAAGAAGAAGCAAAAGAAGAAGAGGCGAAGACAGAGACAGAAGAGCCACAACGCAACGAAGAAUGGAUCAUGAGUGGUUAUGGUCAUGAUCAAGUCUACAUUAAUGCUGCAGUGUUGGAGCGUUUCAGGCCUCCCGGACAAGCCGACUUGAGCAUGAAUUGGAAGGGAAUUAGUGAAACUCAGUUGGAACGUUUGAAACAAGAAGGUGCUACGGAGCGAUCCAUGAAAUUUGUGGAACACGUCUUCCAAUUGGCGGCAAGUGAUCCCAGUUCCAACCCGAUUGACUUCAUGCUUUAG